UGAUAAACUUAUUAAAUAGAAAAUAGAAUGAAAAACGCGUCGGGGCCUCAAACUUGGUGAAAAUGAAUCAUUGUGGCUGAGCUUAAAAUGUCUGGCGACUUAUGUGUGUUUCUGGUUGACAACGGGUCAACACACGAGUUUUCAGUGGAGAAAUACGUGGGCGCUCAAGUAGAGGCUCUGCAGUAUGGCAUCUACGAAGAGCUGGGCAUUGAGCCGGAGAAUCAGGUUUUGAUCAUGGAGAGUGGGGUCCAGUUGCAACACGACCGCAAACUGGCUCACUACUCCUGUGGCACCGGGGACUCCAACCCCAUCUUCCUCUUCAGCAAGCGGACCAUCCAAAAUCCAGAUCCACCCUCUGCCAGUGUCCACGACCACUCAUAUGAAGCUAGUGAUGUGAAGAAUGAUCUGGAACGGUCUCUGGGUCAGACAGGGGCUAGUAUAGAGCUAGUACAGAGCAGGACAAAUCUGGCGCGACGAGUAGUUGAGGUGGAUCAGAAGCUGGCCUCAGAGACAAUAUCCUUGACCAGAGAUCAACACUUGCAGCACCAGGGAUGGCUGGCCAGUGUCGCAAACUUAGAAAAGUACACUGAGUAUGUCUUGGACCUCAAUGAUCAACUGUCGGCCGAAGUUACAAAGUCCAGGGAUCAAUUGAACAGACUCCAUCAACUUGUCGCACAACUUCCCGAAGCUUUAGACAGCCUCAAAGCCUUUCCGAUGCCACAGUCCUUGUUCGACAAUCUGAUGGUGAGCAGUGGACCCUAUUCAAACAAUAGCAGCUUUUCUUCCUCCCAUUAUAGAAGCACAGUAGGUCAGCAACCUGCAUUUAGCUACCAGGAGUUUGACAAUAUGACACCCAAUUAUGGCGAACAGAGGAAAUCGGUCUCGCUGUACGACUUCCUCUCCAAAAAUGAGCUUUUCUUUGACCUGGACCAGCUUGGUUCGCAGAUGGGAGUGGUGGUGGCCAUGUACGGUGAGAGCAGUCUACAGCUGUUGGGCAGGGAGGUGGGAGGGGUGGUGGAUGAGAUCAGGGGCAGUGAGGACAUGAAGCGCAUCCGAAAUUUCUCCGAUCGUUUGGGCCAGCUAGAGAAGAGUGGCAAGCAGUUGGAGAGGGCUAUGCAGAGACAGGACACCAUUCACAAUGCAUUUGUGGCCAACCGGACUCGCCUGCACACCAUUGGGGACAGGAGUGUGUUGAGUGACCUGUGCACUGCCCACAUACAGCAGCUGCAGGAGAUGAGCGAGAACCACGUGCGCAUAGUCAAUGUCAACCACUACAACAAAAAAGCCAAGGAGGAGCUGUCUCAGAAUCUGCACCUCAGACUACAAUGGAUUGUGAAGAUGCAAUCUAAAUUAGUCCGAUGUGAAUCCCAAAUUAAGAUGCGGAAAGAGUAUCUGAAGCGAGUUGCGGAAAAAGUGAAGAUGCUGGAACAGGUGCUAACCUCGGCCGAAUACGCAUGCAAAAUUGUGACUGAGAUCUGCAGAAGGAAACAGUUUUCUUCUGAAUUUCUGGAGAAAGGUCUGGUAAUAAGCGGCUCUGCUCAGAAGUUCCUGACUGAGGAACAUCAGAAGAGGUCUGACUUUUAUCAGAGAAUAGCCACGCAUUUCUUGUUUCGGUUUUUCCCAUUUCUCACAGAACCGUUUCCAGCUAACCAGAUUCUAAGAUGUCCAGAGUUUGACCAACAACUGCCGGAAGUUACCGCAGCCCAGCUGGAUUCAAUUGCUAACUCUGUGCCCUCACUUGCUUAUCUGUGCUCAGUCGACAGUGCUCCAAUAGAUUUGUCAAAGCUAUCUGUUGAGAAUGCAGAAGUUGCUGAUGCAGAAGUUAUGACCACUGCAACUAGAGAAGAUGCACUCGUUGGAGAAGAAUAUUCCACACUGCGAGUUGAAGGGACUAAUGUUGCUGCCAAUGCAGAGGUCGAUGUCAGUGAAACCGAAAAAGUUGCUUAUCUAUGCAAUCGUCUAUCUUCAAUUUUGCGGCAACAAGAGGAUUUAUCGACAAGUAGAUUGAAUGACAGUUUGAAGAAUCUCCUUGAGUUGCUUCACAAUCAGAUGAACACAGAAGAAACCGAGUCCGACACGCAAACUGCUUCCACCCAAACUGAUUUUGAAGAGCCAGUUAGUAAACUGGAUGUGUCAACUGAAACAGAAAAUACGACUAUUAUGGAAGAGAUUGAAAUGAAAUUGGAAGAGCGAGUUGUGUUAGAAGUAGAAACUCAAACAGAUGAAACAGAUGAAACCACUCCGCCUCCAUCUGCUACCACAUCCGGUAUAGCAUCCUCAGUGUCUGAUGGCCUCCUUAGUCAAUCUUAUCACGCACAAGCUGAAAAUCAGACUUCUUUCAACUUGGCAUUGAAUGCGUUAACAAAAGAGAAGAAUGCGGAAAUAGUCAAACUGAGAAGGGAAGUGAAAAUGUUACAAGUGAAAUUGAAGCUGCUGGAAAAGUCUGAAUCAGAAUCAUCAACUGGGGAAGCUUCUCUGGAACAAAGCUUGCGCACAUUAGGUGCUCCAAUGGACAGAUCAGUAACGAGUGAAAUGAAUGCAGCUGGUGAGGUUGAUUCUAAACAACGAAACAAGUGGGAAGAGUUGGCUUUGGAGUCAAAAAUUGUGAACCGAAUUCACCACUCUCAGAUUAUGUCUGUUGUCAUCAGUCAACCGAAACCACUGACAGAUUCAGUUGGGACAGCCUUAGUUCAUUGUGACGUGACCAAAAGUGUGAACGUAUCAUCAUGCGGGGACAACAGCAAAUCGACGCUUUUGUCAACUAAUUUGAGUCCUCCUGGAACAUCACCACCGAUGCAGCAACCUCAGAGCUUAGUCCAUCCUAUUCAGAUUAAAAUAGCCCUGAACGAUUUCCGAGCAAACGACUUGGUGUUGAUCGAAUUCGACAGCCCUAGUGGACACUACAGACUGUUCAGUGUCACAAACACGCCCUAUUUUUUGCACGAGGAUUGCUACGAGAGACUGGGAGUGAACACUCAAUCUAGACCCGAAAGCAAGAAAAGGGAUAUAGCCGUGUUUGUGAGCAAGGAGCACUGCAAAGUGAGAAAGCCAAAUAACCGAUUUAACUUGCAAGUGGGACAAAGAUUCUACAGGGUGAAGGUCGACUGCUGGACAAAAUCGGUGCCGGGCAGCUAACACGAAGCCUAAUUGUUCCGGCCAGUGAAUACAAUACUUCUUUCAACUUGGCAUUGAAUGCGUUAACAAAAGAGAAGAAUGCGGAAAUAGUCAAACUGAGAAGAGAAGUGAAAAUGUUACAAGUGAAAUUGAAGCUGCUGGAAAAGUCUGAGUCAGAAUCAUCAACUGGGGAAGCUUCUCUGGAACAAAGCUUGCGCACAUUAGGUGCUCCAAUGGACAGAUCAGUAACGAGUGAAAUGGAUGCAGCUGGUGAGGUUGAUUCUAAACAACGAAACAAGUGGAAAGAGUUGGCUUCGGAGUCAAUAACUGUGAACCGAAUUCACCAC